CGCUGCACUACGGACGUGACGGCGCCUUUUGCCAUUUGGAAACCAGAGCUGGAUAAUUGGCUGGUGUGCUAAAGUUAGGCCCGUCAAAGCGACGCGUGUCCUGUGGAAAGGACUGAGAAAGAAAAAAGUGCGCUGCUCAUGCAAAGUGUCCAAAAUCUGCCUUAAAUUGAAUAAUACUAAGCCGAGUUUGUACUAAAUGCCAAUUAUCGUGUGUGUCUGGGCUUAAUCCAAUUAACAAAAUGGGCCUCGAGUUUUUCUUCAAAUUUGGCUAUGCCUUUCUGACUAUUACGCUCAUUAUCAUGAUCUGGAUGUCCUUGGCACGGGCUUCGAUGUUCAGUCGUGAGAUGGAAGAGACGCGCUAUCCGCCCUGUACCUAUAAUGUGAUGUGCACAUGCUCCAAGUCUUCGACCGAUUUGGGCAUAGUGCAUUGCAAAAAUGUGCCAUUCCCUGCACUGCCGCGCAUGGUUAAUCAGUCUAAGGUUUUCAUGCUGCAUAUGGAGAAUACUGGCCUGCGAGAGAUCGAACCAUACUUUUUGCAAUCGACGGGGAUGUACCGUCUAAAGAUAUCCGGCAAUCACAUGACCGAAAUACCCGAUGAUGCCUUUACUGGCUUGGAGCGGUCACUCUGGGAGCUCAUACUGCCGCAAAAUGAUCUGGUCGAGAUACCCUCAAAGUCGUUACGCCACUUGCAAAAGCUUCGCCAUUUGGAUCUCGGAUAUAAUCACAUAACGCACAUACAGCAUGAUUCGUUUCGCGGCCUGGAGGACUCGCUGCAGACGCUGAUCUUGCGUGAGAACUGCAUCUCAAUGCUGCAGUCGCAUAGUUUCUCUGGCCUACUUAUUCUAGAGACAUUGGAUCUCAGUGGAAAUAAUUUAUUUGAGAUUGAUCCCACUGUCUUUGUCGAUGGCAUGCCUCGUCUGACGCGCCUUUUGCUCACGGACAACAUUCUAUCGGAAAUACCGUACGAUGCACUGGGACCGCUUAAAAGUCUGCGCACCCUGGACAUUUCACAUAACGUAAUCUGGUCGCUGAGUGGCAACGAGACCUACGACAUUAAGGCCAAUACAAAACUGAAUCUGGACAACUUGCAUUUGGAGUAUAAUCAUAUUGAUAUGCUGCCCCCAAAUUCUUUCAAGUACUUUGAUGUUGUAAAUCGCACAUUCUUUGAUGGCAACCCCAUACAUACAUUGAAGGAAGAUGCUUUCAAGCCGGCUCGCAUACGUGAAAUUUAUAUGCGCUACUGCGGCCUGACCAACAUAUCACCUGUAGCCUUCGACAGCCUGGUCAAUAGUUUGCAGAUUUUGGAUCUGUCCGGCAACAAUUUGACCAAACUGCAUCACAAGCUCUUCAAUAAUUUCGAUGUAUUGAGGGUCAUCAGCAUGCGGGACAAUAAAAUCAAAAUCCAGAAGCCCACCGAAACCUUCAAUGCUAUGCACUACACACUUCUCAAGCUGGAUCUUAGCGGGGAUCGCAAUGAUCCGACUAAUUUGCAGACGUUACGCAAUAUGACCAGAAUGCGGAACAUGCGCUCACUCUCGAUCUCCCGAAUGGGCUCCGCAUCAGUGGGGCCCGAGGACUUCAAGGACUUUGGUGUGGAGCUGGAGGACUUACAAAUAACGCGAGCUGGCCUCUCGGGCAUCCAAUCGCACGCCUUCAAGCAUGUGCGUGGCUUGAAGCGGCUCGAUUUUAGUGAGAACGGCAUCUCUAAUAUUGAAAAUGAUGCAUUCCAUGAGAUCGGUCACUCGCUUAUCUCGUUAAAAAUGUCGCACGGCUAUUCAGGCAGCGCUCUUCCUGCCGAGGCACUGCGUCAUCUGACAUCGCUGCAGGAGCUGGACUUUAGCAACAAUCACAUUAGCACGAUGAGCGAUACUAGCUUCCAUUUUCUGAAGAAUCUGCGUCUAUUGGAGCUGCAUGACAACCGUAUUGAGCAGGUGCUUAAGGGCACAUUCCAGGGAGAUAUACAUUCUAAGCUGGAAGAGAUUUCAUUGCGUUUCAAUCAAAUGACGCAGGUCUCACAACACACUUUCUUCGAUUUGGAAGCGUUGCGCAAGCUACAGCUGGAUGAUAACAAAAUUGACAAGGUGGAACGUAGGGCGUUCAUGAAUUUGGAUGAGCUGGAAUAUUUGAGUUUGCGCGGAAACAAGAUGAGCAAUUUGGCGGAGGAGUCUUUUCAGAAUCUGCCCAAGCUGGAAAUACUUGAUAUGGCCUUUAAUAAUUUGCCCAACUUCAACUUCGACUACUUCGAUCAGGUUGGCACGCUUUCCAACUUGAAUGUCAACGUGAGUCACAACCAGAUCAGACAGCUCAUGUACAACUCCUCGUGGAGUGGUCGCAACGAGCAUGGUGGAGUCUACCAUUCAAAUAUUAAAAUUCUGGAUCUGUCGCACAAUAAUAUCACGAUCAUACAUCCCGGCUACUUUAGGCCUGCGGAGAUCUCGCUGACGCAUUUGCAUUUGGGCUAUAACUCAUUAAUGAAUACCACCCGCGAUGUGUUUGGCAAUAUGCCACAUCUUCAGUGGCUUGACUUGAGCUACAACUGGAUACACGAACUAGACUUUGAUGCUUUCAAGAAUACCAAGCAACUGCAGCUAAUCUACUUUGCUCACAACUACUUGACCGACAUACCUCAGGACAUCUUUAAGCCUAUACAGUCUUUGCGGAUCGUGGACUUUUCGCACAAUCAUUUGCGUGGUCUGCCGGACAAUCUCUUCUACAAUGGUGGCAUGGAGAAAUUGGAUGUUUCCCAUAACAUGCUACUAAAGAUACCCUCGUCUUCUCUGUCGAGCUUGGCUGCCCUCACUCUCUGUGAACUGCAUCUGUCCAAUAACUUUAUAUCAACCAUUCAUAGCAUGGAUUUAUCCAACAAAUUUCGGUCCCUGCGGUAUCUAGACAUCUCCUACAACUACUUGCUUCGUAUUGACGAUGCCGUGUUCGCCACCAUGUCGAAAUUGGCCGUGCUUGAUCUUUCGCAUAAUCGUGAUCUCAAGGUUAUGGAUAAAUCGUUUAUGGGAUUGGAGAACUCGUUGAUUAAGUUGGGCUUGGAAAAUGUUUCGCUUAGCACUGUGCCUGAGAUACGCCUGAAGUAUUUGCGGGAGUUCCGUUUGGGUUACAAUGAGUUGCCAAGCAUACCGCAAGAGUUGGCCACAAACAUGACAAAUCUACGCAUGCUUGAUCUCUCCAACAACGAUCUGACAAAUGUGCCGCUAAUGACGCAAUCGCUGCCACAUCUGCGUCGACUUAUGCUUUCUGGAAAUCCAAUUACAUCCCUGAACAACAACAGCUUCGAUGGCGUGAAUGAGGAUCUAGAAAUGCUAGACAUUUCCAAUUUCCGCCUGCACUAUUUCGAAUAUGGAUGCCUCGACUCACUGCCCCAUCUGCGCUCACUCAAGCUAACAGCCUACUCUCAUAUGGAGCACUUUAAUAUUCCCCAUUUGCUGCGACAUCAUCACAACAUACGAGAACUAUGGAUUGAGGCCCCACAGCCAUUCACUCGCAUAGUUAAGAAGGGUUCGGGACCAACACAGGAAAUGCAAACGUUGCAGCUGGGCAUGCCAACGGAUCUGCAACGGGAGAUGGAAGGUCAUUUACCAUCAAAACUGACCAAUCUGACAUUCAGUGGACCACAGUUUACCAAUCUCAAUGAGCGCAUUCUGCGGGGCAUGCGUUCCCCCUAUUUAUAUAUGCAAUUGUUCAAUACAUCGCUGCAAGCGCUACCGCCGAACUUCUUCAAAAAUAUGGGACGUGUGCGCAAUAUCUCACUAGACAUUCGCUAUAAUAAUCGAAAUCUGAAGAAGAUUCCAAAUCCGAAUACAGGCUCCGUGCCAUAUUUGCCCAACAGCGUCUUCCUCACCGAUCUCAAAAUGUCUCACACAGAUUUGAAUUGCGACUGCGAUUUGGGAUGGGUAGAGUAUUGGCAACGCAAGCGCCGGCAGUACAUCUGCUCUUCGCAAACCUGGACCGACACCGUCUUCCGCACGUUUAUGAACUCGCCUUGUCAGGUGUAUGGACGCCACAAUUGCGAUGAUCAUGACGACGAUCUGCGCGAGGUGCGUUGUGAUAAUAAGGGCGGACAGCAGCUUAUGGAAGCACUGAAAUUUGAUUUGGAAUGUGGCUGGGAUAACGCGUCCUGCAGAGAGACUGUCCUUAUGGUCAUGGUCGUGUGCCUGGCUUUUAUAUUUUGGAUGUGACUUCUGUACUUUGCAUAUAAGACGUCCACCGACUUUUACAAAAUUCUAGAGCAGGUCUACGGCCGGCCGGUCAUAUAAGUUGGUCAGCAAACAAUGCUUCCUAGUGUUUGUACCGAUUGACGCCGUCUAGAGUUUAAGCGUGAUGAGACUUUGAAUCUUUCCCGGUUUUUAGAUGUUCCAUUUUAAACCUUGUAGCGUACCGAACAACUUGCUUCCCGGUUUUUCUUUAGUGAUUUCCAACUAAUCUUUUAGAGUCCUUGGCAACGCCUUAUAUGUAGUUCACCCCACCGUACCUCACUUAAGCCAUUUAUAUGUAUCUACCGCCCAUUCCAUGUUUAUAUAUUUACUAUGCGGACAUUUACCGAAAAGAGUUUCGACUUUGGCAGAUGACUGGAUGGAUUACUAUAUACCAAGAGGAAACUAUUUUCGACUAAUUAUCCCUAUUACUCGUAUCUUAGCCGUUUUCAUAUCUUUAUGCUCUAAGCAUUUGUACUUAAUCUUUUUAUAUUUACCACGUAGUCGCCUUAAUAUCUCUCUAACCAAUUACGAGUAUCUAUCUCAACAUUUAAGUUCAACCAAGUUAAAUCCUAACCCAUUUGCAACUAAUUUAGUUAAUUAAGUCACUUCGCUGCUUAAAUGGUCCGAAUUGAA